AGUCUCCGCCGGCGGCCCGCCGCAGCUGGACGCGUCGUGGGCUGUGUCGAGAAGUGUCCGCUGAGCGCUCCGCGACCCGACCGCGAACACCACGCGACUUCCGAGUCCCACUCACUCGACGCCGCGCUUUCUUAGCCUCCCUUCUCCUUCUAUAUCUUCCACUCUAGACCUUCUUUUGCCACUAUCUCGCCAUAUAUGAAACCUCUCUGAAAUCAAACUUGAAUCAUUUGUUCCAAUUUUUUUUUCUAUUUCAUCCCUUUCCACAGUCAACCUUCCGUGCACCUCAUAUGUAGGAACUACGCAGACAAUUAUCACUUACCUUUCAUUUGUGAAAAUAAUAUAACGGUACUUGCAGUGAUCUUGACUAAUGGUACUAGACACACAUACAACGUGACCGUCGUUUGUGUAUCCUAAGAGAAUAACCCAUCCAAUAUGUAACGACCUCUAUUUUUAACCAUGUGCUUCGAAUGCUAUUCCAGUGAAUACAAGACAAUCGCGAACGGCAUUAUUCUUGCGAUCGUUACCAGUGAAGCAAAGGACGCUCCAAUCCCUUCCGUGUGAAAGGACAUUAAAUCAUACAGUUCCACCUUCUGCAACGUAAACUCCGUGCAAAAGUUUCUCUCUCUCCUCUCGGAUCGAUUCACGUUUAAUUUCAAGCGUAAGAAACUAUUGCGUGACCACAGUCAUUUGCUGUCUGUAACAAUUGACUUCCACAAUAAGGUGCGCAUACAACUUUUUUUUGGCUUUCAUAACACUGAUUGUGAGACAAUAAAUCGUAGUAUUCAGUCAAGUAAUUGAUAAGUGGUGCGUAAGUGUCGAUAUCAUCCAUUUACUGGAAGGAUAUUGUAGUGUAAUUGGCACUGAGAAACAGACCAAAAUGAAAUCACUUAUGGUACCACCAUUGGGUGAACUCUGAGUGUCGUCGUCCAGAGAGAUACCGUUCGGCCGACCAGUGUCGUUCACGUGCAGUGAUCGUGCCGCGAGUGUCCACAAUGUGUGAGAGCGCGUGCAACUCUCCGGCGCGGAGCAUGGGCGAGCCCUCGUCCCUAACGGACUCCGAGUUGACCGACCUGGAGGACAACUCGCUGCUGGAGCUUCCAGCCGAGCAGCCUGGAGGCCCAGACCUCACCAUCGUCGACGGCUGGCUGCGCUUCCGCGACAACAAAAGGUGGAAACAACGGUGGGGCGUCGUCACCAAGUUGUCUCCAGCUGCAGGUAAGAAAUUCAGUGCAAUAAGUGGACCUGGUGAGUACAAUCAUUCUGAUAACUUUGCCCUUUCUGUAAAAUGCAAUUCAGUACCAUUUAAAACGAAAAAUAAAAAUUUUCUCUCAAAUAAAGGUUUGAAGAUCACAGGUGUCAUCCGAGGACCAUUGGGUGGCGUAAUCCGAUUGUUCAGGCCGUAA